GCCACCUCUUUCCUGUCUGUCUGUCUGUCUCCUUCUCUCCCUUUCCAAAGCAGCCCACCAGCAAACCAACAUGCCUCCAAAGAAGCCCGAACCUAAGAAGGCUGAACCUAAGAAGGAAGAACCCAAGCCAGCACCUAAACCAGCAGAACCAGAACCCAAAAAAGAAGUUGAAUUUAACCCAGCUUCUAUCAAAGUUGAAUUCACCCCUGAUCAGAUUGAAGAAUUCAAGGAAGCGUUCUCACUCUUUGACCGGACUCCUAAAUCUGAGAUGAAAAUCACAUAUGCACAAUGCGGCGAUGUCUUGAGAGCUUUGGGGCAGAAUCCAACCCAGGCUGAGGUCAUGAAAGUGCUUGGUAGACCCAAACCAGAAGACAUGAACUCCAAAAUGAUCGACUUUGAGACCUUCCUGCCCAUGCUCCAGCAUAUUGCCAAGACGAAAGACACAGGCACCUACGAGGACUUCGUGGAGGGUCUGCGCGUGUUCGACAAGGAGGGAAACGGAACGGUGAUGGGGGCUGAACUCCGCCAUGUUUUGGCUACGCUGGGUGAGAGGUUGACUGAAGAGGAAGUUGAUAAGCUAAUGGCUGGUCAGGAAGACGCCAAUGGCUGUAUCAACUAUGAAGCUUUUGUGAAACACAUUAUGGCUAACUGAACACCAGGACAAGAUAGGCGCCGAGAACCACAGAUGCUGGCCUUGGAUUUCGAUGUAAUGGAAUGUCCUCUCAUUUUUCAGCCCAAAUUCCCA